AUGGUACACAUUGAGGGCCUUCCCAUAGAGCUCCUACAUCUCAUUCUGUCUUUUUUGGCCACCCCAGAUGAUCUCGAAGUACUGAACAGAGACAAAAAUACCAAAGCCAAAGACGACAAUGCCAGCGAAUUGGAAGAUGACGAUUAUGACGAUGAUGAACCUGAUGAAAUUGAGACACUGCGCAAUGUUUGCCUAGUUUCGCGGAAAUUCCGAGAGGUGGCUCAACCUCUCCUCUUCCGUGAUUUUUAUGAUGAUGGCCUCGAUGAGGACCCAAGCCCAACCAUCUCUUUCACCAAAACAAUAUAUCAACGUCCAGACCUCGGAAAGCAUGUGCAUCAAAUUUCGAUCAUGCCUCACCCAUUCACUCCAGUUGGUCCCAAAUCACUUUCCGCAGAGGACUCCGAGCAAUUCAAGGGCAUAAUUAGGGACCUUAAAUUGGCUGAUCAGGAGGAAAGCUGGAUUUCAGCCUUGGAGAGAGCCGACCUCGGUGUUGUCGGAGCAUUAUUAGCCAACAAGACUCCCAAUCUUCGUGUGCUGCAUCUACCAAGCCUCCCAUUCCGGAUCGAGCCAUUCAUCCAGCUUUUCGAUCACAACCCAGAGUUUUUGUUGAGCCUUGAGUCUAUCUGGAUUGAAAGCGACGACGAAGUUUCCGGCUUCGAUAUUUCUUCGUACCAGAAAUUUCUUACCCUUCCCAAGGUCGUCACUUCCAUCUUCGAGUACGGUGAUCUCUUCGACGCAUCAUUUCCAUCUACCUGGCAGCCUGGAACACUGGUGACGGAGGAACUGGCCUUCCACCACUGCCACAUCGAUGCUGGCGCCAUCAAAAAGCUCAUGCAAGCAUGCAAGAAUCUGAAAAACUUUACUUACAACAAUUUCAGCCUGGAUCCUAACGAGCGACGGAUAAUGCGCGAGGAUGUCGCGCCCGAGAUGACUGCCAAGGAGGCCCAGGAAGCUGUCCUCUUACAUAAGGAUACCCUCGAGCUCUUCCACCUCGAGUUCGCGAUGGGACACUGGGACGUCGACAAUGCUGAGGAGAUCGUUGCUAGCCACGCCAAGCUUGGCUCAUUCCGCGAGUUCUCUAAGCUUAUGACUAUCCUCGUCCCACACGCUUCUCUUCCAUCACACCCUCGAUUCCCCAGCUCGCUAGACACGCUCCAUAUCACCGACUGCAACUCGUCUAUCCAGGAGAUGACUCAGAAUAUCGCGACAGAUUGUAAAAAUGGUCUUUAUCCGAAGUUGGCUAACUUCAAAGUAUUCGCAAUCGAUAUCACCCAGCCCAUUAGGCUUUCUGGGCAACGUAUUCCAGAAGGGAAAACCCCCGAGCAAUGUUUCGUUGCUCUUCGUGAUAUGUUCAAAGGAACCAAAGUGAACUUCCAAAUCUUGCCAUACGAAUUACCUGAUUUCGACGAUUACGGUGAUCUCGAUGAUUUUGGUGAAGAGAUUGGUUACGAGGAAGAUUUCGAAGAACCAGGAUUCGGAGAAAGUCUACCAGCGGGAGAUGGUGGCAUGGGCCCAAUCCCACCACAGCUUUUCAAUUUGCUUAUGCAGCGGGCUUUGAUGGACCCUGAAUUUGCACACCUUCGCCAAGAGGAGGAUAGUGAUGAUGAUUCAUGGGAAACUGAAGACAGCGAUUCAACUUAA